UUGUGUAAGAACAUGGGAAGAGGGCUAAAAGUUAGAAUCUAAUAUCUGCAAAGUGGGAUAUACCUUUCCCACUCUAUCAAUCCUCAAGUUUGUUCCCUGCGCUUGUAUUCUCUUUUUAUUCUUUGGAAUUUGUGAUCCUUUUCCAGCUCUCACCCUGUGGGUUGUGUCCAUUUGCUUAAAUAUUCUUUUGUGACCAUUCUCAUGCACGAGCAAGCAAAGGGUUCUAGCCAGAAACAGGGAAUAUAUAUAAUCUCCCUCUGUCUCUCUCUCAAGAAGAUUAUCCAAUCCUGAACCGAAGUCUCAGGUGGCUGUCACACACACACAUCAACCGUGGACACAACUGCCUACACAUGCGUGGAUGACUCUCAGCAUAGCUCUUGUUACAAUACUAAGUUUAUGGAGUGAAGAAGCAAAUAUUAACUAAUAAGUUUUCUGAUUUGUCCAAAAGGGAAAUCACAUAUUGAUCAUUUCCAGUUAGUCAACUUUGAGUUGGAAGAAAGAGCAUGCCCUGAUUCUUAUUGGAUGAUUCCUUACUUUGCCUACAUGUCCAAAUGAGUUGCCAAACAAAUCAAACAUAAUUAAAUGGAGGAUUAUAAAAGAGAGUAAUAAUAUUGCCAACAAGGUAGCGCCAUGGCUGCAAAGCCAAGGUUGACAUUAACAUGUGUAUAUAGACGGUUUAAAAGGAAAUAUAAAAGAGGGGUGGAGGCCGUACUUUGCUUGUAGUUCUGAUGGCAGUGCCUAGCAGCAAUAUAGCAACCGUCCUUGAAUCUGAAGGAGUUGAGUUCCUUCUAUCUGGUGACAGAAAGGUCCCCUUGUCAUCAUGUAAUGGGAAGACAGUGUGCCUCUUCUUCUCAGCAAAUUGGUGUAGGCCUUGCAAGGCUCUUACCCCUCAGCUGGUGAGGCUUUAUGAUGUGCUUAAAAUGGAAGGUAAAGAGUUUGAGAUUAUCUUUGUCUCCUUCGACCGCGAUGAGGAAAAAUUCAAUGAACACUUCAAGUGCAUGCCAUGGCUGACAGUCCCAUUUGAUGCAAACCUGCAUAAACGAUUGAGUGACCUGUACCACAUCGAUCGCAUCCCAUCACUCAUUUCAUUAAGUUCAGAUGGAAUAUCAGUUGAGGAAGACUUGGUUGGACUGAUUGAAGACUAUGGAGCUGAGGCAUUUCCAUUCACUAAGAAUAGAAGAGAAGAACUGAAGGCUGCUGACGAAGCGAAGCGCGAAGGGGGAAAACUAGAAGAGCUUUUGGCUCAUCAAGGACGAAACUAUGUCAUGUCUAGUGAUGGUAGAGAGAUAUCAGUGUCCAAACUUUUUGGUAAGACCAUAGGCCUUUACUUCGGUGCACAUUGGAGCCCUCCUUGCCGUGCCUUCACUUCCAAACUUAUAGAAGCAUACAACGAGCACAUGGCCUCCGGUGAUCAAGACUUCGAAAUCAUUCUAGUCUCCACAGACCGAGACCUCAAAGAGUUCGAGCUCAACAUAAGCAGCAUGCCAUGGCUUGCCAUCCCAUACCAGGAUAAAACAAGACAAGACCUUUGCAGAAUUUUCGACAUUAAAGUGAUUCCAGCUUUGGUUCUGAUUGGACCAGAUGGGAAGGCUAUUAGCACAAAUGGGAAGGCCAUGAUCUCCUUGUAUGGUGCCAAGGCCUUCCCAUUUACAGAGUUCAGGAUCAAAGAGCUGGAGGCAGCUUUAAGAAAAGAAGGAGAGGCAUUGCCUCCUCAAGUGAAGGAUAUAAAGCAUGACCAUUUGCUGAAGUUGGACAUGGCCAAAGCAUAUGUAUGUGAUUACUGCAAGAAGCAGGGGAGGUUCUGGGCAUUCUCUUGUGGUGUGUGUGAUUAUGAUCUUCAUCCGACUUGUGUAGAAAAGUCAUUUUAAGAAAAAGUUUAUUGAAUUGUGAGAGGUGUGAGUGUAAGUAAUUGAAUAUUGAAAUUUGGCUAUGCUGAAGUUAUUGUAAAAUGUUGAUAAGAUAUCCUUAUCAGCAAAGAUUUAGUAAAACUGUUACUUGAUGAAAA